AUGCGCUUCGUACUUAGAGCUGCCGUAUCGGCCCUCGUCCUCUCGACUGGCUCGGUCACUGCUCUCGCUCUGCCUAGCAAACAGGUCUACACUCCCUCGGACAACUUCGAGAAGCUCUCCAAGCUCCAGGCUCUCAUGCCCACGAGCGCCCUCCCAGCUCCCGAUGGCCUGCAGCUCAAGUACGUCGUCCUCGGUAUUGGCACGCAGAACUACACCUGCUUGACCGGCGACGAGAACGCUGCUCCCGGCACCACUGGCGCCACCGCCCAGCUCUACGACAUCGGCACGCACCUCUCCACUGACCCCUUGGCUCGCUGGACAAUCCCCUCCAUCUCGCCCCUCGCCCUCUCCUUGUCGACCUCACCCAUCCGCUUCGUGCAGAACCUGCAGUCGCUCGGCUAUGAGCACAUGGUGGGUAACCACUUCUUCUCCGGCGCCUCGCCUGUCUUCGCCCUGGACCAGCUCCCCUCGCCCUUCCCCACGACUAUAGUCGCCAAGCUCAACGAGACCGACGCGCCCACUGCGUCUUGCCCCGGCACCGGCAAGGAGGGCGCGAUCAAGUGGCUGCUACUCAAGGACACCAAGGGUCUGAGCCAGGGUGGCAUUGAUACCGUGUAUCGCAUCGAGACUGCUGGUGGCAACAAGCCGGCUUCGUGCAAGGGCCAGAAACAGACGUUUGAGGUCAAGUACAGUGCGCAGUACUGGAUCUUUGGCCCCAAGAGCACCGGCCACGACGUCUCGACCUAG